AUGGCAGAUAAGCUAAAUAGUCUUGAGCAUUGUAUGAAAUUUGUGGACGAAUAUGUUCCUGCCUGGUUUGAGACUGGGAAAAGGGAUCCUUUGUUCAUCUUUAUUUCUGGGCCACAAGGAUCAGGGAAAAGUUAUGUUGGAAAAAGAAUCUAUGAACACCUGAAAGACUAUUAUAAAGAUCAGAAGUCCGUUGCAUAUGCAUCCAUGGAUGAUUUCUACUUAACUCACGAGGCACAACAAAAGCUGAAUAAAGAAUAUCCUAAUAACAAACUUUUGCAAGGUCGGGGGCUACCUGGUACUCACGAUAUGGCAUUGCUAUAUAAAUGUAUUAAUGCAAUUUUGCAAAGGCAUGGUAAUGACAAUGACAGUAUUGAUGGUGAUCAUCUACAAGACAGUUCAAAGCUGGUAUUGCCAAAAUAUGAUAAGUCAGCUUUCAAUGGUGAAGGUGAUCGGAGCACUGUAACCGUAUCUGAAAAGAUUCCGGUGGAUAUCUUUAUUCUUGAAGGUUGGUUCUUAGGGUUUGAACCAAUCCUACAAAACUUUGAAAGUGAGGAAACUGUGAAAGGCGAUAUGGUGGAUGUGAACUCUAAAUUGUUCAUAUACAGCGAUCUUCUUUGGGACAACCCUGAAAUUAAAUCAUUAGGUAUAGUUUUUGCUGCAGAUCAGUUAGAGAAUGUCUACGAUUGGAGACUACAACAGGAGAAGGAAUUGAUUGCUAAAACUGGUAAUGGUAUGAAUGAUGAGGAAUUGAAAAAGUUUGUGGACAGGUAUAUGCCCUGUUAUGAUUUGUACUACAACCAUCUAAUACAUACAGAAAGCUUAGGAUCUGUAGCAACGUUGACACUUGGAUUAGACAAGGAAAGAAAGGUAUUCUCCUUCAAGACUAGAUACAUCGAAUAA